UUAGCUCCGAGCUGAGCCCGCUCGGCUUUUUGAGGAUGGAACUCGGGAGGAGUUCUUCCCUGAACUUUCUGAACUCGAGGAAUUCCCCAUUGCAGAAGGACAGAACUCCAGGAAGGUGUUAGAGGAUUACAUACCUGUUUUUAGCAUUUUUCCUUAAGACGUAGUUAUUUAUUUGUGAGUGGAGAUGAGAACUUUACAAGAAUGGAGUGCGUUUUAGAACCUAACCCAAUCUACACGAUCAAAGCUCGAGCAUUAUGUACAGUUAUGCUAUUUUCACUGAUUUUACAACCACUGUGGACUACUUGGGGAGCAAACAUUGGAGAUUUCAACUGGAGUGGUACAAUAGCGGAAGAGAGCAACGAUAACGUGGCGUGUUUCCAGUCCAAGUGUGGCGAUGAAGAAGCCUGUGUGCCUGUGAAAAUUGAGCCAACCACAGAGAGGAACGAUGAUGUGGUGUGCUUCCAGUCCAAGUGUGCUGAUGAAGAAGCCUGUUUGACUGUGAAAAGUGAGCCUUCCACAGCUGCAGAUAGUAGUCCGUCAUGCCCGCACAGUAGUAAAUCCAGCGUGCAUGUGUGUCUGACUCGAGCAAGCAGUGAGGGCAGCGAGAGAAGCCGGGCCGGCGUCAAUGGAAGGAGUUCUGGCAAGAGGCCGCUGUCACAGACCAAACCGCCAGUGCCUCCCAAGCCAGCAUACCUUCAGAGCCCGGUGACAGAGCUCUCAUCCCCACUGGCUCACAACCAGAAACCCCAAUUUAGACCGGGGAUGGAGGAGGGAGGAGGUGGAGGAAGAAGGGGGGCGACAAACCGGGAGAGAGUGAAAGUCAAACACUCCAAAGUAUCAGACCUCAUCAGCCGAUUUGAGGAGAACAGCAACACGGUCAACAAGAGGGACAGCUCGUCUUUCAAACAGAGCAACAAGUCAGCCAACUGCAGCCCAGCCGCACACCGGAACUCCCACAAGUUGACGGAAGCGGCCAAGAUUGAGGAGAACCACUCCACAUUAGAAGUGGCUUCUUUGUCAUCCCAAGUGCAGGAUGCUCAUAUGCCCGCAGCUAACGGGGUGCUAGGGCAGAUGGAGCAGGGCAAGGAGGAGGAGAAAAAGCCAUGCAAUGGUGAAAUAGUGCGAAUAGACAGUGCAGAGCUGAUUGAUGGAGAUAUGGGACGCACAAACAGGAGGGACGAGGACUCGAAUUCACGCACGGACAGGACUGGUUCGGUUAGUUCCCAUGAGAAUGAGGAGAGUGGAAGUGAAGCCAAACAGGAACAUGCAAAAGAAGAGGCGAGCACAGAGCAGAAGGAGACAAAUGAGCAGAAACUCUUUAAGAUUGCCAGUGAGCUCUUGCACACAGAGAAGGCCUACGUUACGAGACUCGACUUGCUGGAUCAGGAAUUCUGUGCCAAGCUCAUGGAGGAGGCAAAUAAAGGAACAUUCCCUGUGGAUGUAGUGAAAAACAUCUUCUCCAACAUCUCCUCCAUCAAUACUUUUCAUAGUCAGUUUUUGCUUCCUGACUUAGAGAAACGGAUGGGAGAAUGGGAGUCCACCCCUCGCAUUGGAGAUAUCCUGCAGAAGCUCACACCCUUCCUCAAAAUGUAUGCGGAAUACGUGAAGAACUUUGACAAGGCCAUGGAGCUGCUGAAACAGUGGAGUGACCGAUCUCCGCAGUUUAAGUCCAUCAUUCAGGAGAUACAGAGUCAAGAGGCUUGUGGCAGCCUUACACUUCAGCAUCACAUGUUGGAGCCUGUCCAGAGAGUGCCUCGAUACGAGAUGCUCCUCAAAGACUACCUGAAGAAACUUCCUCAGGAUGACCCUGACAGACGGGAUGCAGAAAAAUCCUUAGAAAUCAUCGCCACAGCAGCAACUCACUCCAACAGUGCCAUUCGGAAAUCUGAAAAUCUGAAGAAAUUGAUGGAAAUUUACGAGAUGCUCGGGGAGGAGGAGGACAUUGUUCAUGCUUCUAACGAGUUCAUCAAAGAAGGUCACAUACUGAAGCUGGCAGCCAGGAACACUUCAGCCAUGGAGAGAUAUCUCUUCCUGUUCAACAACAUGCUACUGUAUUGCGUACCCAAAUUCAGCCUGGGAGGACCCAAGUACACGGUUAGGACACGGAUCGGCAUCGAUGGGAUGAAAGUUCUGGAAACCACCAAUGAGGACUACCCUCACACCUUCCAGGUUUCAGGGAAGGAAAGGACUUUAGAGCUACAAGCCAGCUCAGAGCAGGACAAGGCGGGCUGGAUCAAGGCAUUCCAAGAGACCAUUGAGGUCUUCCAGCAAAAAAACGAGUCGUUCAAGACUGCAUCCAAGGAUGUGGAGGAGGUUUCGAAUGCUGAGCUGGGGAAGCGUGCUCCUCGCUGGAUACGAGACAAUGAAGUGACAAUGUGCAUGAAAUGUAAAGAAACUUUUAAUGCCCUUACACGGCGGAGACAUCACUGCAGAGCUUGUGGCUAUGUGGUGUGCUGGAAAUGCUCCGACAACAAGGUGCCGCUGGAGUACGAUGGCAACAAAGUGAACAAAGUGUGCAGGGACUGUUAUUCCAUCCUAACAGGAGAAACAAUUGCGGAGGGCAAGAAGAAAGGCAUCCUGGAGAUUGAGGCAGCUCAGUUCACAGGCAGCAGCAUCAUGUGUGGCUUCUUGCAGUACUGUGAGAAGAACAAACCUUGGCAGAAGGUGUGGUGUGUUAUACCUGAGAAGGAGUGUCUGGUGCUCUACCUCUACGGAGCUCCUCAGGACGUGAAGGCCCAGAGCACGAUCCCGCUGCUCGGCUAUUCGGUGGACGACAACAGCCGCCCCGCAGAGCCCCAGGCCAGCUUCCGCCUCUCCCAGUCCAAGUCCGUCCACAGUUUUGCGGCUGAGAGCGAGGAGCUCAAGCAGCGCUGGCUCAAAGUGAUCCGUGUGGCCGUGACGGGCGAAGUGCCCGAGCGCCCUCACGCCAAUGGCAGCAACAUGGCGGACGGCGCCGCGCAGGAAGCGGCCUCGGACAGCUCGUAAACUCCCGCCGGGAGUUUGUCUGCAAUUUGUGCGACUGAGGUCACAAACACUUCCUCUCUUUGCUGGGCCAAAAAGGACAACGCAAGUGCUGGAUAAACUGCCUUUUCCUCCCAAUGCUUUCUUGUUUUGGAUGACUUCCAGAGCUGUGCUGGAUCACUAAUUGAACGCUAGGACUGAGAUGCUUUCUGUGUCAGUGUUUCCUUGAGCCUGUGGACUUGUACUGCACCAUCUACUCAGUCUUAACUGUACACUAUCAAUGUCUAUUUCUAAAGGAACAAUUACAAUUGUUUUUGUUUUUUUCUGCUCCUCAGCUUGUUAUGAUAACAUAGGAAAAAGAAAACACGGUGAGAUAGAAAUUGUCAGUACAUUAUUCUCCCUCCUGAACCCAGUGAAUAAGAUGAUUGCAUCAUUCAUACUCACAUUGACUUUUUAGGGUAAAGCCAUGGAAUAAGAAAUGGGUCGUUAUUCUCGACAGGUCAUUUUGCAGGGCUGCUAUGCCAUCACCUCACACACAAUGACCAGCUUGGUAUGGACUGCAUGUUUUUUUUUUUUUUUUUUUUUUACACCCCUCAAUUAAUGAGCAAAGUCAUGCAGUAAGAAAAUUAAUUUGGCCUCUUCAAUUACACUUCCUCCACAUUGAACUUUGUGCAGCCACAGCCUGAGAAAAGGAUCCUUCAUGUUAAGCUAACCAUGGCAAAUAAAUACGUACUCCUUGAGCAUGCUGUCUGAGCAAAAUCGCAAUGAAUAUCAUACUUCACUUCUUUCUGUUUGUUGAUCAAAAUAGGAACCGUGUGUUACGGUGCAGUGCAACAAGAGCUGAUAGCCACAGCCAGUCGUGUGCAGGACUGAAUCUUUUAACUAAUGACUGUAGUCUGCAUGGAGCAGCUUCUUUUUAGACGCAAAUGCACAAUCAAGCUGUUGCAAGAAUUGUAGAUGUUUUUUUUUUAUUAAAUUAAAGUAAUUGUAUUAUUUAAGUAAUUUAUAGAUCAUGAGGAGGAGCAUGAGCUGUCAGAAAGUAGCACAAACUUUUCUCCAGAAGGGAAAGGAAUCCACAUUUUACAAGGUGUUCUGCAGUGAGACAACAUGCAGUGGUUGUAUGGACUGACAGAGGGGAUGGAUGUGCCUAUUUUUUCUUUUAAUCCUCGUGUUAAUAUCUAGAUGAAUUAAGAGCACAACACAGGUUCUGAAUGUACAGCCAACAUUUGUUUGUAUGCGUGCAUCUUCUCACCCCAAAAUGUUUCAGAAUUGUACAACUACAUUAAAUAUUUGUGGAUCCAGCUCA